AUGCUUCUCCUCUCCCUCCUCCUCAGCACUCUCACCAUUGGUGCUACCACCGCCCAGAGCUGCAACCCCCCCGACGUAACCUGGAAUAGCAUCGACAUUUUCUUCUCACUACAAGUCCAAAACGCCAGCUACCCCUCCAUCGACCUACAACACCUAACCCUCACGCCUAAUGGGGGCACCGAUCAGCACAUCUAUCUCACCCCAACCCCGUCGCUCGCAACAAACACCUUCCAGCUUCAAGGCAGCACGCUGAUCAAUAGUACUUCAUUGCAUGCUGUAGUUUCCGGUCAAAACGACGCUGGAGAUGGCUCGCGGAAUAUCUUCUUUACAGAGCGGACGCAGCAGCUGGCGGCGUUAGAUGCGAGGUUUGGGUGUUCGCCGGUUGUGGACGGGGAGAUGCAGGUGGAGUUUGUGUUGGUGGAUGGUGCAGGAUUGUGUGUGAGGCCGGCAUCAGGUAAUAGGUGGGAAUUGAGGUAUAAGCCCGUGGGGGUGGCAGCACCGUUAUGUGUGGAUGUGACUUUGGCGUCGGAUCCGCCGUUGCCUUUGUAA